AUGGAUAAAGUUUCGACCACGGACAGCAACAGUGAGCAUCACGCUAUUACACAUGAUGCCGCGGCGGCUGUACCUGUCCGGCCCUAUCGUUCGCACAAGGUGCCAGCGUGUGACCGAUGUCGGGCUAGGAAACUUCGCUGCACGGUCGACAUCAAAGACAAGCCGUGUCUGCUGUGUCGUCUUCACAGCGCAGAAUGCGUUCGUCGUGGAUCUUCUGCCCAUCAGCAGUCCGUCGGGGCAACAGGUGACGGCGCCGGACAGCAGCAGCUGAACUAUGGCCAAAGUGCCGCCAACUCUGGUACCCGACGGAGAAGCGAUUCUAGGUCGCCAAAGCGCCGUCGAACCAACGCCGAUGAUCAUGCCUACCAUCACCGGCGCUCUUCGGCUCCAGGAACCCGACAUGAUAGUCCCGUAGAUGACACGGCGUCGCAUGAUCGGCCGUUUGCUAUGGUUGGUCCAGAGUCGGCUGAGGAUCUACACGUCAUCGAACAGUAUAUUUCGGUACAGCAGAGGACGGCGACGGGAUCCGGCAGCGGCACUCCUGGAGAGAUCCCCAACGGUGAGGCUCCAAGUAGCCGGAAGAAGUUGUUUAACCUCGUGUCGAGUGACCCGAGCAAUCCAGUCGUAUCUCUCAACGUGCCUCGUUAUCGCGCAGGCUAUGUUGUUGCGCGGGUGCCUGGGAAGACACAGCUAGAGAUUCUCGAACAGAUCCUUGGGCCGCUGAAGGAUGAGCUUAUUGAGGUAUAUUUUCGUAAAAACCACCCAGCCUUUCCGAUCCUGGAUGAAACGGCGUUCGUGGCUGCAAAAGAGCGUGACAGCAUGCAGAUGAUCUCGCCAACGUUACUAUGCUACGUAUAUGCCACAUCACUCAUCUUCUGGCGUUCAUCUCCGAUAUUACGCAAACAUCCCAGGCCAGACAUCACCUACGCACUGAACCAAUCUGUUUCCGCGCUGCAGGAGGAUUUCCAUGCCGCCAGUCUAUCCACUGUAUAUGCUGCAUUACUAGACUUGAACGGUAGGCCAACCACUGCAGUAACAUACAACACAAUGCUCAACGGGCGAGUCGUCGCAAUGGCCCACCUUUUGGGUUUGAAUAGGGACCCCGAACGUUGGGAUCUCAGCGACCAAGACAAAAAGCUGCGCGCCAGACUCUGGUGGGGUGUUCUCAUCCAUGAUAGGUGGUCUUCUUUUGCCUACGGCGUACCUCCCAGCAUUGCUCAAAGCCAGUACGAUGUACCGUUGCCUGAUAAGUCAGUCUUGUCCACCCCAGGAGUCGGGCCAGAUAGGGAGCGCGAUCGGGCUGCCGAAGGAUUUAUAGCCCUCUGUGGCCUCACCGAGAUCCUUGGUGACAUAUUACCUCUGCUGCAUGAUCUGCGACGAAAAACGGGAAAUACAUCUAGGCGGAGGAGGGAUCUCGAGAGUGAUCUCGAAGAGUGGGAAACAAAUCUCCCUGAAUUCCUAAAAGAGGGAGGGAAGAGGGCUGGUGGGAACGGAAAGUCACCCGUCUCGGGCUCUAGCAGCUUGUGGCUGGGUUAUCUUGCGGUCAAGAUGCUGCUAUGUCGAAUCAACCUUCGAGAAGCAUCGCGAUCAAGCCCGUCGAUUGGGUCAGAAGAAAAGAAUUAUCAUCUCUCCAAAUUAAGAAGGGUUGCGGAAGCGACUGUGGACUUUGUCUGCUCUCUAAGCGAGGAAAACCUACUCUCGGAGUUUUGGUGGCCUUAUACGGCUUAUCACCUCUCAUCAGUCACAUUUCUUCUCUUACGAUGCGCGAUCGAGUCUACCGACCCAGGUGCUUCCGCGUCGUGCCGGUCAUAUGUUGAACGGCUCCGCGCUCGUCUCUAUGAAGCCCGCGAGCAAUCUGGCUGGGAUUUGGGUGACAUCUGUCUUGCCCAAUCCGAGGAAUCGGUAACAAAGGUCGUCACUGCCAGCCAUACUGGCACAGAAGCCGUGGGCGGGAGUGUCAUGGGGAUUGAGCUUCCUCCCUCUACUGUACUUCCGAUCCCAGACGCAGACGGGGAGAUUAUGUUUCAAGGCGAUGUGAUGGGUGGCCAGGUCGGCAUGUUUCCGCAUCAGAACAACUAUAACACUAUCGAUCCGUUGGGAUAUCCAUGGGCGGACUUGUGGGACAUGUUCAACGCCGAUGGAAGUGUCAUAAACUGAGGCGGGCAAAUAUUCAGCUGCCUAUCUGUGGUAGCGUGGGGGGUCUGGAUUUCCGACGGAAAACAAGACCCUAUCAGCGCAUAUCUGCAACACCGACUAGAUAGUUCUAGCGGCCCAUGUCUAUGGGCGGCUUUCCAUCCCAACUCCUUAAUGAUAAUCUUUAGUGAAGGGAC